AUGGUUUGGCAAUUCCUUAAUUUAGAUAUUGUCAAUCCUGCAACAGAAAAGGAUUGUUCACAUGGAACUGAGACAAGCUGGGGUAGAGGAAGUUCUAGUCAUACUGUACAAUGUGAAAUUAAUUAUCUAGAAAAGGCAGCAAAUUUCAAAAUUUGUUUUGGAGAUAACUUUCAAACCUGUGUAAAUUCUGCACAAUCAGCAACAGAUGCAGCAAAUGCUUAUUUGAAAGUAGGUUUUGAAUAUUUUAUUUCAAACUUUCAAAAGGUAAAGAAUCCUAACACAAAAGCUAAACUUUCUAGAGUUCAUGUUUUUUGUCUUAAUGGUCAAGAAUUAGAAAGAAAUCAUGAAAAAAAACAUAGAACAUCAUUUCACAAACCAUUUAAUGAGCUAACAAUCAAUUGUUUUCAUCCUGGUGAUAAUCCAGUAUUACAAGAAAUCCAUUUUUCCAUUCAGGGAAAAAAUAAUUUUCAAGUUAAUUUUGAAGCUCAAGAUAUAGAAAAGGAAAAUCAAAGAAAUGAGGCAUUUACCAAAAGCUUUCACCUCUCAAAUCAAUUAAAAUAUAUUGGCAAAUUACUUUUUAUAAUUCCAGGUCUUGUAAAAAAACACAUCCUUAAUCCUGAUCACAAUGUAGGCAGAAAAGUGAAACAUGUAAUGGUCACAUGUGCUGUUUUGGAUGAUAUUUCAAAUAUUUACAAGGCUGAUUUUCAUUACACCACUAUUUUAUAUCCAGGUGUGGAAAAUUAUGAAAUAUUACAAAAAGUAAUGGAACCAAUGAUUAAUGAAUUACAUAAUUUAGUAACAAAUGGUUUAAUAGAUUCUAAUGGAAUAAAAUGGAGGAUUGAACCUUAUUUUAGCAGUGAUUUGAAAUUUUUAACUAUUAUUUUAGGUUUUAAUGCUGCAAAUGCUAAUUACUUUUGUCCAUGGUGCUUGUGCAUGAAAAAGGAUAUAGGUAAUAAGGAAAAGGCUUACAAAAUUGAAAAAAAUAUGGAUCAAUUACAAACUCCAAAUCCACCACCUGGACAUCUUAAAGUUCCUCUCCUUCCUAUGAUCCCAUUAAAUAAUUAUGUACCUGAUGAGCUCCAUGUAAUGUUAAGAAUUUGGAAUUGA